GUCUCAGGGUACACCAUGAUCUCACCAUUCUUAGUACUGGCCAUCGGCACCUGCCUUACCAACUCUUUUGUGCCAGAGAAAGAGAAAGACCCCAAUUAUUGGCGACAGCAAGCCCAGGAGACCUUGAAAUAUGCCCUGAAACUCCAGAAGCUCAACACCAAUGUGGCCAAGAAUGUCAUCAUGUUCCUGGGAGAUGGGAUGGGCGUCUCCACGGUGACGGCUGCCCGAAUCCUUAAGGGCCAGCUACACCACAACUCAGGGGAGGAAACUCGGCUGGAGAUGGACAAGUUCCCCUUUGUGGCCCUCUCCAAGACAUACAACACCAACGCUCAGGUCCCCGACAGCGCGGGCACCGCCACUGCCUACCUGUGUGGUGUGAAGGCCAAUGAGGGCACUGUGGGAGUGAGCGCGGCCACUGAGCGCACGCGGUGCAACACCACUCAGGGGAAUGAGGUCACCUCCAUCCUGCGCUGGGCCAAGGAUGCCGGGAAGUCUGUGGGCAUCGUGACCACCACACGGGUAAACCACGCCACCCCCAGUGCAGCCUAUGCACACUCGGCUGAUCGGGACUGGUACUCGGAUAAUGAGAUGCCACCGGAGGCUCUGAGCCAGGGCUGCAAGGACAUCGCAUAUCAGCUAAUACACAACAUUAGGGACAUUGAUGUGAUCAUGGGGGGUGGCCGGAAGUACAUGUACCCGAAGAACCGAACUGAUGUGGAAUAUGAACUGGAUGAGAAGGCCAGGGGCACAAGGCUAGACGGCCUAGACCUCAUCAGCAUUUGGAAGAGCUUCAAACCCAGACACAAGCACUCCCACUAUGUCUGGAACCGCACUGAGCUGCUGGCCCUCGACCCCUCCAGGGUGGACUACCUCCUAGGUCUCUUUGAACCCGGGGACAUGCAGUAUGAGUUGAAUAGAAACAACCUGACUGACCCUUCGCUCUCAGAGAUGGUGGAGGUGGCCCUCAGGAUCCUGACAAAGAAUCCCAAAGGCUUCUUCCUGCUGGUGGAAGGAGGCAGGAUUGACCAUGGACACCACGAGGGCAAGGCCAAGCAGGCGUUGCAUGAGGCAGUGGAGAUGGACCAGGCCAUCGGAAGGGCAGGCGCCAUGACUUCCCAGAGAGACACCUUGACUGUGGUUACUGCAGACCAUUCCCAUGUGUUCACUUUUGGUGGAUACACGCCCCGUGGCAACUCUAUCUUUGGUCUGGCUCCCAUGGUGAGUGACACAGACAAGAAGCCCUUCACAGCCAUCCUAUAUGGCAAUGGGCCCGGCUACAAGGUGGUAGAUGGUGAGCGAGAGAACGUCUCCAUGGUGGAUUAUGCUCACAACAACUACCAGGCUCAAUCUGCCGUCCCCCUGCGCCAUGAGACCCACGGCGGAGAAGAUGUGGCAAUCUUUGCCAAGGGCCCCAUGGCACACCUGCUUCACGGCGUCCAUGAGCAGAACUACAUCCCCCACGUGAUGGCGUACGCCUCCUGCAUUGGGGCCAACCUUGACCACUGUGCCUCAGCCAGCUCCACGGGCAGCCCCGCCCCAGGGCCCCUGCUGCUCCCACUGGCUCUACUCCCCCUAAGCACACUGUUCUGAGAGCCCAGGUCCCACAA